AUGUCGUGCGUGGUUUGCUGCGUUUGUCACGUGUGCGAUUUCGGUUUGGCCACGCAACAUGGCAAGUUGCUGGCUCCCGGUAGAGUAGGCAAAGCUUGGUACAUGGCCCCAGAGGUUUUCGCAGCCAAGGAGCCGUACGACCCGCUUCAGGCGGAUAUCUGGUCUCUUGGUGUACUGCUGGCAAUUAUGCUGGCAGGAGCCCCACUUGUGGAGAAACCCACAAGGGACGACCGUCAGUUCUGUAUCCUGAGUCAUGGUGGCGGUGUACGGAAGCUGCGUCGGGUUUUCCCUCGCAAACUGUCUGAAGAAGUCUGGGACCUCAUGGAGAAGCUGCUCACUACGGAUCCGCACAGGCGCCCGACACUGGAACAGGUGGCCCAACACCCCUUCCUAUCGUCAGACUAUCAUCGCAGUGUCAACUACGGCAAGCGCAUUUCCAGAUAA